AUGGAUCCGCGGCACAGGGAGUUUCUGGAGAAGUGUCACCACAACUUGGCCGAGUCCGUCACCGACGCCGACCAGCUCGUGGAGGUCCUGUCCCGGGGAGGGACGCUGAGUCCGGCCGAGCGCCACGAACUGGCGUCCACUUCCUCCGGAGCGGAGAAAGUGGAGCUCCUCGUCAAGAUCCUACUCCGCAAGGAUCGGGACCAUUUCGCCGACUUCUCUUCGGCCUUGGAGGAGACCAACCCUCACCUGCACUCGGUGCUGCUCACCGCUGCCGGGCCCGUGAACCACAGCACCGGGUCCACCUACAGCGUCUUGUCCACCAUGCCGUCAGAUUCUGAGAGUAGCGGCUCGCUCAGCAGUGUUGGUACGCCCACCCCGGCCUCCUCGCCACCUUUGGCCCACGUGGAUGAUCACCGGGUUCACGAGAAGAUGGAGACCGUCCUUUUCCAGCUCCGUCACGUGACCCGGGAGCGUGACGAGCUACGCAAACGGCUGGCGCUGUCCUCGCCAGGGAGCACUUUCGAUGACUGCGGGCCAAACUCCAAGACGGGCCAUGACUACGAGCGGCUCAAACUGCAGUGCAUGAAGGCCAUGGCUGAUUUGCAGUCCCUGCAGAACCAGCACAGCAGCACCCUCAAGAGGUGCGAGGAGGCCGUCAAGAAGGCAGACUUCUAUCACACGUUGCACAGCCGCCUGGCGAGCGAGCAAAGCCAAUUGAAAGAUGAGCUGGAGGCGGUGAGGCUGGACAAUGUGCAGCUGCUCCGUGAGCACAACCACGCCAAGCAGGCCUGCGAGGAACUGCGCAGGCUCCGAGACGACGACCAGCGAGAGGUGGCCGACAUGCGCAUGCUGCACCAGCAGGUGAUCCGCGAGGGCUCCUCGGACGCCCUCAACAAGCUGUACGACUCUGCUGUGGAUAAACUAGAGAGCGUGAGGAGCGACUACGAGGGUCUCCGCAAGCUCUACAACGACAAGACGGCCAAUCACAACGCCGACCUUAGUCGCCUGGACCACGCCGAGGAGGAGAAGCGACACCUCCAGAAGCAGCUGGACGUGCUGAUGAAGCAGAGGGAUGCCGCCAUCCACUACCAGCAGCAGUACUCGUCGUCCAUGCGGAGGUUGGAUCAGCAGGAGCUCUCCAAGGCGGCCGCCCAGAACGUGGAGCUUCAGCGCGAGAUGGACCGGCUGCAAUCGGAGGCCACACGCUUUAAAACCCAACAGCUCAAAGCAGCCAAGGAGUGCGAGAAGUACAAAGAGGAGCGCGACUCGGUCAUCAGCGAGUACCGCCUGAUUAUGAGCGAGCGUGACCAGGUCAUCAAAGAGGUGGAGAGGCUUCAAACCGGUUUGGAGGUGGCUGAGGCCAAGCUGAAGAACACGUCCUCGGAGCGGCGGGUGGCCAAUGAGGAGCUGGAGGCUCUCCGACAGGAGCUGUCCUCGUCGCUGAUGGACCGGGACCGAGCUGUCUGCGAGAAGAACGAGCUCCUGGAAAAGUACUGCCACGAGGUGAAGGACAAGGCGGAGGCGCAGAAGGAGCUCAGCCAGGCCUGUAAAGACAUGGAAACGGUCUGCGAAGAGCGAGACGUGGCCCGCAAAGAGAGGACUGAGGCCAUCAUCCAGCGAGAUCAACUGCUGCGAGAGUAUUACCAGGCCAGACAGAAACAAGACUCUGUCACUCUGGACAUGGAGAGAGCCAAUAAGGAGAUGGAGAUGCUCAGGAAGCAAUACGAAGCUGUCAGUCAAGAGCUAAAGGAGGCUCAGCAGGAGGCCGAAGUGGCCAAGUGUCGCCGAGACUGGGCCUUUCAGGAGAGAGACAAAAUCGUGGGAGAGAGGGAGAGUGUUCGCACGUUGUGCGACAACCUGAGGCGAGAGAGGGACCGGGCUGUGAGCGACCUGGCAGACGCGCUGAGGAAUCUAGACGACACCAGGAAGCAGAAGAACGACGCCGUAAGAGAGCUUAAAGAACUCAAAGAAAAAAUGGAUGACCAGUUGGAAAAGGAGGCACGUUUUCGCCAGCUAAUGGCUCACAGCUCACAUGAUUCCGCCAUCGAUAUGGACUCUGUUGAAUGGGAGACGGAAGUUGUAGAGUUUGAGAAGCGCAGAGACAUGGAUUUGAAAGCACUCGGCUUUGAUAUCGCAGAAGGGGUAAACGAUCCUUAUUUACCGGGAGAUUGUGGCGUGUUUGUCAGUAAGGUGGACAAAGGAAGUGUAGCAGAAGGUCGAUUAAGGGUGAACGAUUGGCUGCUGAAGAUUAACAAUGUAGAUCUGACCAGCAAGGACAGGAAGCAGGCCAUCAAAGCUGUGCUGAGUGGGGAAGGCGUUAUCAACCUGGUGGUCCGCCGGAGGAAGUCAGUUGGGGGACGGGUUGCCACGCCCAUCCAGAUAAACCUCACCGGACACAAAGACUGUGGUAUAUGCCUGGAAAGCGGAGUGUUUGUAGCUUCACUGACACCUGGAAGUCCAGCAGUUAGAGAAAAUGCUCUCGCAGUUGGGGACAGGCUAUUAUCUAUCAACGGCAUCUCACUGGAUAACAAGUCACUGCCUGAGUGUGACGCGUUGCUGAGGACGUGCCGCGAAUCUCUCUGCAUCUCUCUUGCAAAGUUCCUGCCACAGAGCUGCUCUGGCCAGAGUUUAUAUGAAAGUUUGAGAGAGUCCGAAAAAGUCUCUAAAAACUGUCGAAAGCACAACUGCUCUGUACAAGCCGACUGCUGCGAGAUGCAGUGUCGAGACGAUGAAGCGUGUGGCGACCCCAAAAAUGCCGGCCUUCAUUGUCACCGCGGGCCCAACGACUCCCUUCAUUCCCGUAGCCCGUCAGAACCCGUGGUGGAGUUCUGUUACCGGAGGCAGGACUUCCACCGUCGGCCAUUCACAUUCGCUCCCGUGCACCCCGACUCCGGCCCUUCUUUGGGGAAGGCCGGCGGAGGCACCUGGCCUAAAGUUAUCGCGGGAGCGUCUGUGCCGGAAUGUGCUCAGCUUUCAAUCUACAAAAAAACCAAACAACGCAAGUCCAUCUUUGACAUGAAUACCUUCAGAAGACCCGAAGUGCCUCCGAAACUGGACUAUAUGUCGCUUUCUCAGCUGCCCAAACACUCGCCGCAGAGCUCGGUUGCAGAAUUCCCUCAAGGUCCGCCCACACCACCGGCAAGGAGCGAUUCCUUUAGGUUUAAACACUCACAACAGAACAGCUCGGCGUCUGACUCCACUAUUCCGGCAUCUCCGAGCCGAGGGAGCAGUCCUGUCAUGGAAGGCGAGGGCAUGAAGCAGCUCUACUACUCCAGUGAAGCGACACAGCGGGAAUCCAAGAUGCUUACAGAGGAGGAUGGGAGUCAACAUCGGGACCCGGAGAAGCGAAGAUACCGACCCAAAUCGGCGCCGGCGCUGCGUCGGAAUGUGACGCCGUUGCAUAUCCCCGUUCCCAUGCAGGUUCAUGGUUUCUCUAAUGAAGAGCACUCCCCCGAGCCCACGGAUUUGUUGCGCUUCUCACCGAUGCGAAAUAAUCGCUACAGCAUGCACUUUGCACCUCCCAGCUACAGCAGCAUCGUUACACACCCGGCGCAACGUGGCUUGGCUGCGUGUCCUGCAAAGACUGCCGUGAUGAGGAACACUGCCUACACCACGUGGAGUCCGGAAAUGCAGACCAGCAACUGUCCGCCAGCCCCCACGUCUGGUAUCCACACGCAUUCACGUGCUAGCCCCCAGCAUCACGGGCGCCACAGUGUGGAUCUCAACCACAAAAUCGCCGGCGAUGUUUGUGAAACCAGUCGAGCACCUCACGGCACCAACUCCCUCCCUUCCAGCGCCAGAAUGGGCUCCCUGAGUGCAUUGCAGUUCAGGGCUGAGCGCAUUAGGAUUCCACCAACACGUUACCCUUGCUCCACUGGAUCGGAUAGAGGCUCUCGCUCCCAUUCUGAGUGCAGCUCCCCGACAACGCCUCCCAAAUCCCCCGUCGGCCUCGACGCGUCGUCCUUUGCUAGCAGCCAGUCGGCGAGCUCUAUCUCCACACAGCUUAGGAUAUCCGUCAGCCCCGCGCCAGUCAGUGACGGCAGGAAGGAUGGGCCAUAUUUGGAGGAGCCGCGCAACGUAACGGUCCAGAAAGGAGCAGAACCGCUGGGCAUCUCCAUCGUGAGCGGCGAGAACGGCGGCGUGUUUGUAUCCAAAGUAACUGCGGGAAGCAUCGCUCACCAAGCUCAUUUGGAGUACGGAGAUCAGCUCUUGGAGUUUAAUGGGAUCAACCUGCGGAAUGCGAAUGAGCAGCAGGCGCGCUUGGUGAUCGGGCAGCAGUGUGACACGGUGUCUAUUUUAGCUCAGUACAACCCUCACAUGUUUCAGCUGGGCAAUCACUCUCGAUCCAGUUCUCGUAUGGAGUCCAUCAGCAACCAGGCGACGCCACAGGACAGCGGCGCCACCACUCCGGAUGACCGCUCCAUGGGCGACACCCUCAGCGAGCAGGACGAGGGCACCGUGACGCCCCCGUCCAAGCAAACCACGCCUGCCACCAGCCCUCACAGUUCCUUUAGGCUUCCCGUCGCCGGUUUUCGGCGCACGGCGGAACCGCGUCUGGUGAGGCUGAAGCGAAUUCAGACAGAACUAGGAGUCCAGAUAUGCGGGGGCAAUCUUUACGGCAUUUUUGUGGAGAGUUUGGAUGAAGACAGUCCAGCAAAAUGUGUCGAUGGACUGAUCUCUGGCGACCUCAUACUUGAGUACAAUGGCGUCAACAUGAAGAAUAAAACCAAAGAGGAGGCUUACCUGGAAUUGCUGAAGCCCGUCGAAACAGUAACUUUCAAGGUCCAAAACUGCGUGGAUGAGCUCGCUGACGUCAAAGAGAUACCUGGUGAUGGAUUUUUUAUCAGAUCGCUGUACGAAAGGGUUGCUGACUUGGAGCAGGAGCUGAGCUUCAAGAAAGAUGACAUCUUAUAUGUGGAGGACACAUUACCCAACGGAAACUUUGGCUAUUGGAUGGCGUGGCACCUUGACGAAAAGGCGCAGAAGUUGGAGAAAGGGCAGAUUCCUAGCAAAUUUAUGAUGGACCAGGAGUUCUAUAGAAGACACGGCAUGACCGACAUUAAAGACGACGUCGGCGGAGGCGGCAAAACCUUGUCGGCCGCCGCCCGUAGGUCCUUCUUCCGUCGGAGGCUGAAGCACAAACGCAACGGAUCCAAAGACGGGAAGGACCUGAUAGUGUCUGAAGCAAUGAUGUCGGAUUACUUGCCCAUAACCGAAGAUGGUGUGAGCCUCAUGUACCAGCGGGUCCUGAAGGUGGAGUGCUUAGCCCCCAGACCGGUGCUGAUCUUGGGGCCGCUAGCCGAGGCUAGCAAAGACAUGCUAGUCAAUGAGGCGCCUGCCAAAUUCAGUCGUUGUCUGCCAGAGAUCAUGAAGGCAUCUCAACAAGCUAUCGAGCGAGGUGUAAAAGACUGCGUGUUCAUCGACUAUAAGCGACGCAGCGGCCAUUUUGACGUGACCACCGUCGCAUCAAUAAAGGAGAUUACAGAGAAGGAUUCUCACUGUUUGCUUGACAUUGCCGCACACGCCAUCGAACGCCUGCACUGCGUUCACAUCUACCCAAUCGUCAUAUUCAUUCGCUACAAAAAUGCAAAGCAGAUCAAAGAGCAGAAGGAUCCAUUGUACCUGCGGGAUAAACUCUCCCAGAAGCUUUCCAAGGAGCAGUUUGAGGCGGCCCAGAAAACUGAGCAGGAGUACAGUCGCUUCUUUACAGGUGUUGUUCAAGGCGGUAGCGUCUCCUUCAUUUGCACACAAAUCGUCACCAUCGUCGAACAGGAGCAGAAUAAAGUUCUAUGGAUCCCUGACGGUGCGCCAUAG